AUGAGUCAACUCGUUUCCAGACGCGUCAGCAAUCAACUCCAACGAUCCGCAUUGCGAUUAUCCAAGCAACGCAUUGCUUCCCCUGUUGCUGUCAAUGUGGUGUCCUCUACACGUUCCUUGGCAACCGCACCUCGACCUGCUGCAGCUGCUAAGCGUGUUCCUUACAACUGGUUGUCAAACUCCAAGAUGUCGACCAGUGCUUCUGCUAGUGUAGCUACUGCUGGUGCCGAGUCCGAAGUGCUUACUGUCAAGAAUGUUGGUGUGCGUGAAAUCAUUCUCAACCGCCCCAAGAAAUUCAAUGCAUUGAACCUCAACAUGGUGGAAAGGAUCACCCCUGAGAUCCAGGCGUGGGAAAAGUCUGAUCUAGCCAAAAUCAUCCUUCUCAAGAGCAGUGGCGGAAAAGCAUUCUGUGCUGGCGGUGAUGUGCAAUCUGUUGUCGAUCUCGCCACCGAAGGAAAACUUAAGGAAGCUGCAGCCUUUUUUGAGAAUGAAUAUCAACUUGAUCAUCUCAUUGGUACCCUUGACACACCUUAUGUCGCUAUUAUGGAUGGCAUCACAAUGGGUGGAGGUGUUGGCUUGUCUGUGCAUGCACCCUUCCGUAUUGCUACCGAAAACACGCUCUUUGCCAUGCCUGAAACUGGUAUUGGUUUCCUUCCCGAAGUGGGUGGCAGCUUCUUUUUGUCUCGUCUUGAUGGUGAACUUGGAACCUACCUUGGUUUGACCGGCAAACGCUUAAGCGCCGCUGAUGCAUUCUAUGCUGGUAUCGCUACCCACUAUGUACCCUCAUCACGCAUUGCUGCCCUUGAAGCUCGCCUUUCUGAAAUUGAAAAUCCCACACACGAUGUGAUCAACACUGCCAUCGAAGAAUUCUCUGCUGAAAUGGAUCAAGAACCUGGUUUCUCUUUGGGUGGUUCCAUCCGUGAAGCUAUCGAUAGAUGUUUCAAGUAUGAUACCAUGGAGCAAAUUGUUGAGGCCCUUGAAAAGGAAGGCUCUGAAUGGUCCAUUGAAACGCUCAAGGCUUUGAAGGCUGUAUCACCCACAUCGCUCAAGGUUACCUUGCAACAAUUGCGUGCUGGUGCAAACCUUACUCUUGGUCAAUGCUUCAAGAUGGAAUAUCACCUUGUGCAAAAGUUCUUGCAAGGACAUGAUUUCCCUGAAGGUGUCAACUCGCAACUUAAGAAGCCCCGGAAAAAGGCAUCUUGGCAACCAUCCCAGUUGAGUGAUGUCAAGUUGGAUAAGAUCAAGCAAGAAUACUUCGACGCACCAUCACCACAACAUCUCCAAUUGUUGACUCGUAAAGACUACAAGCGCUACCCCCACCGCAAGUACAUGUUGCCUUCCGAAGAUGAUAUCAAGCGUGUUGUUACCGGUGAAGCUGCUGAUGUUGGACUUUAUGCACUCAGCUUUGAUGAGGUGGUACAAUACUUUUUGCGUGAACGUAAUGGCAAGCAAGGUGUUGCUGCCAAGGUGCUCGAUGUUCUCACUCGCAAGACCGACUUUGUGGAAGAUGGUGAAAGCACAAGCUUAAAGUGGCUUUAUUAA